AUGCAAUUCAAACUCUCCAUCCUCAGCGCUAUCUUGGCUGCUUCUAGCUGUACUAUUGCCGCCCCUCAACUUAAAGCACCAGGAGUACCGGGAGUACCGGGAGUACCGGGGUCAAUUCCAACCGUGGGAGGAUUAUUGGGAUCACCAGGAUCACGUACACCAGGAUCAUCCGGUUCGACUGGUUUGGACCGGGGUUCCCUCCCUACCAUCGCUGGCCUCACCCUCGAUGAACCUCUUGAGCCUCAGACGGUAAGUCAGCUAUAA